AUGACAAUGUCAUCCCAUUCCGCCUCUGGCGGCUUCCAGCUGCGCUCCGUUCUUGCUUACAACCUCUUGCUUGCGGUUGGAAUCAUCACUUUCAGCGUCGGUCUGCUGCGACCUAUACCGCAGGUGCCUCUGUCUUCACAGGCCAGCUCCCCCGGGGAUGCUAUGAUAUCACCCCCAGACGCUCGGUUUGACCGGGUCAUCUUUAUGGUUAUCGAUGCGCUCAGAAGUGAUAUGGUUUUCUCCAACGCAUCGGGGUUCAGCUUCACACAGAGUCUCAUCCGCUCAGGCCAUGCACUCCCAUUUACCAGCCAUGCCGACCCUCCCAGUCUCACAGUCCCAAGGCUGAAGUCCAUGACCACGGGCGCCAAUCCCUCGUUUCUGGAUCUGUUUCUGAACCUUGCCGACUCCGAGGACGCUCUUACCUUGGUUCACGAAGACUCGUGGCUCCAUCGCCUGAAGGCGAAGGACCCGUCCCGGAAGCUGGCCUUUUAUGGGUAUUUCCAGUUCUGGGACUCAAUGACUGGAGAUCGAAACAUCACGUCCCGUGCCAUGGCCGAGCUUCAGAGAGAUGACUGGAGUGCCCUGGUCCUCCACUUCCCAGGUGUCGACCAUGUUGGUCAUCUCCGCGGCCCAUACAGCCGUGAUAUGUUUCUUAAACAAGAGCAAAUGGAUCGUGUAGUCAAAGACAUCUACACGUCCGUCCGCGAGCAAGAGCACUUGAACUCGACGCUCUUCAUCCUGGCAGGAGACCACGGUAUGAACGAGAAGGGAAACCACGGAGGCUGCACUCCCGGCGAAACCGCCGCGGCUCUGCUGUUUGCCUCUCCCAGUUUGCCUGCCGUAAAUCACACUCGGCUUCAAGCACCAGCCCAGCCCCGUGGUGGUAGAUACUUGUACUAUGACGUGGUGCAGCAAGCCGACCUCGUGCCCACUCUCUCCGGAUUGCUAGGGCUUCCAAUCCCCCGCAAGAAUGUGGGCGCUUUCAUUCCUGCUUUCCUCGGGCUUUGGCCUGAGGAAGAGCGGUUGGAGGUGCUCAGGGGCAAUGAGGCUCAGUUGAAACGCCUCCAUGAGCUGCAUUCCCCCGAAGUGGCCCAGAAGUCCCCACCUUCGGGCCCCGGCAACAACACAGUCACAGAUGAGACUGAUACACACAGACUACUCGAAAUCUGCAGACAAUACCAGAGAGCUCUGACCCGGGCAUCCGGGAACCUGCAGCAUCUCCUGAUGGCCGGGGGUCUUUUCAGCACACUACUUGCUCUUGGGUUAGCCGUGCGUGCUACCAAGUUCCACCUCGAUCCAGUAAUCACCUUUUGGCUGCCUGCGGCUGGGAUCCUUGGUUCUUACGGGUAUGCACUCGUUUCGGGAGCUGUCGAAGAGCAAGAGAUUUGGCAGUACGGCGCUUUGGCGAUUAUUCUUUUUGAGUGCCCAGUGCGGAGCCGUCAUGGGAUUCCUCAUUUCGCAGCUGUUGUCUUCCUGGGCUUUCUCAGUCAGCUGUGGAACUCAGCUGGGCCAGGAUCGCCCGCAGCAGUGGUUGAACCGCAAUCCGCUGCGAACUGGGGCCUCAUCGCAGUCACGAUGGUUUCCGCCAUCCUCUCGCUGCAAACAGGGCUGCGAGGAGUGUUUCCGGGGUCAAAGUCUCUCUCGGCCGUCGCUGUCCUACUGGGCCUAGGCGCGUUUGUUGUUAAGCUCGCGGCUGCAGCCCGAGACAGUCCCGGCAGUUUUGCUUUCAUCCCUGCCCACGUCGAGGCUCGGCUGUUCGCUCUUGACGUGGACUUUGCCCACAACAUGCUAUUUACGGCAAUCCAAUUCGCUGCCGUUUUGGUGUUGGCUAAAAGAUGCUCCGGAAGGCAUACAGGGAAAUUCACCGACGUCUUGUAUGCGUUAUUCGGCCUGCUGCAGCUGUAUCUUCUGACUUUGUCCCGCGUGUGGAACACGCCGCUGUUUCUGAUUUUUGGCCUACAGAUAGACCUUUUGUCACCUCAUUUGGCGGAAAUGCCGUACGAGCAGAUUGCCAUCACCUGUGCGUUUUUGGCUCAAAGCUCCUACUUCUCCUUCGGCAACACCCAGGCCAUCGGCUCGGCCGACCUGGCUCCCGGUUUUGCCGGCAGCACCAGCUACAGCCUGGUGCCCGUCGUGAUCAAGACCAUCAUGGCCAACUGGGCGGGACCAAUAUGGUGGUCCCUCGCGUCCUUGGUGUUCCUGGCCGAAAAGGUCCGGAUCGCCGAAGACGAAGCCAAGUUCUCCAAAGCCGAGGGGGGCCAGGGCCGGAGUUCUGCGCCGGAGAAAGCCAAUUUCCGUGUCUCUUCUGACUACGAUGCCCUUUACGGGCCGUUUGUGUGCAACCUGGGGGUGCACACCAUGAUCAUGUGCGCGGCCAGCGCAGUCCUCAUGGGGUGUAUCGCCUGGAUGGGGGACGGGAAGGAGGUGUGGGACCUCCACGCCCCGCGGUUCAUCUUCCUAUGCGUCUACAUCAUCUUUGUGCAUCUGACGUGCUCCGCCGUUGCCGUAGCCUCGCUCGGAUGGUGUUGGCUGGAGCUGAAGGGCACCUUCUCCCUAUCUUUUCCUCGGGUCAUCAUGGCCGAGCAGACACUGGCCAACGCCUCAGGGCCUCCACUCGGGCUGGUGGUACCAGGCCAGACCCCCGAGCCCAUCACCUCAGGCUCUGGGGCGGCUCCAGCUGGGGCGCGAAACCCCUCCAAGCGCAGCAAGCUGCAGACCACCGUCGUCGUCGCGUCGCUCUGUGCCGCCGUCUUCGUCGCCGCCCUCGACGUCACCAUCAUCACCACCGCCCUGCCCGCCAUCACCGAGUUCUUCCGCUCCCCCAACGGCUACCAGUGGGUCGGCAGCGGCUACGUCCUGCCGCACACGGCGAGCGUGCCGUCGUGGGGCAAGCUGUCAGACGUCUGGGGCCGGAAGCCUGUGAUCCUCGCCGGCGCCGUGCUGUUCAUCGCCGGCAGCCUGCUGUGCGCGCUGGCUGAGACCUUCCCGCUCUUCCUCUUUGGCCGCGCCGUCCAGGGUCUUGGUGCCGCGGGGCUGAUCACCUUGGUCAACAUCUGCAUCAGUGACCUGUUCUCGUUGCGGGACCGGGGCUUGUGGUGUUUCUGGAUCAACCUCCCCAUUGGAUCCGUCGUCUCCAUCCUCAUAUUCUUCCUCCUCCGGCUUGAUACCGUCAAGACCUCGGUGCGCGAUGGCCUGCGCUCUAUCGACUGGAUCGGCACUUUGUUCAUCAGCGGUAGUGUCCUGAUGGUCCUGUUGGGCCUUGACUUUGGCGGGAACACGCACCCUUGGGACUCGGCCACUGUCAUCUGCCUGAUCGUCUUCGGCGUCAUCUGCGGCGCCCUCUUCGUCCUGCACGAGGCGAAAUGGGCCAGGUUCCCCAUCAUACCGGUCGAGAUGUUCAACACUCGCUCCAGCGCCGCGGCUUUUGCCCUAUGCUUCUGCCAUGGCUUCGUCUUCAUAGGCAUUGCAUACUAUCUCCCCUUGUAUCUACAAGCCGUCCUCGCGACAACGGCCCUUCGCUCGGGGCUUUACCUGCUGCCAUACAUUCUCUCCGUCUCUAUCUCGGCCGCGUUCACCGGAGCCUUCAUCCAGUGGACUGGCAAGUACAUGCCGUCCGUCUACGUGGGAGGCGUGAUGCUCUGCGUGGGUGCCGGACUUCUCAUCAGUCUGGGCCCAGAGCCCCAAUGGGCCAAGAUUAUCGGCUACCAAAUUGUUGCCGGUACGGGCGUCGGCUUCAACUUCGAGGGCCCCUUGCUGGCGGUCCAAGCCGUCAUGGGCGUCGAGCACGUUGCCACCGUCACAGCCACCAUGGGCUUUGUCCGGACCAUGUCGACGGCCGUCUCGAUAGUCGUCGGCGGCGUGGUAUUCCAAAACCGCAUGGUCAACCAAUUCUCAAACCUAGCGGCGUCCUUGGGCCCAGAGCUCGCCAGGGAGUUGGCCGGCUCAGAGAUUCUAGCCAAGCUAGACGUCAUCACAGGACUUCCUGGCAGCCAGCAAAGAGCUGUGCGAGAGGCCAUUUCGAAUUCACUCAAGGACAUGUGGAUUAUGUAUGUUGCGUUUGCAGGGGCGUCUCUGGUUGCGGGGCUCUUCAUCCGCGCAUACCAUCUAAACACCGAGUUGGAGGUCAAGAGUACGCCCGAAACGAUAGCGGAGAAGAACGCUUCACGACAACAAGGACAGCAAAAACAACAUUCAGAACCACCACAAUAUCAACAAGAACAGAGUGGACUAUCGCAGCCGAGUGGACACCAGGUGUAG